UCAGAUAUAUGUCUGAUACCAAAAGAGUAGCCUAAAUUUAGCAUGUGAUGUGACUGUUGCCUUCCCAGAUCCACAUACUCCCAAUCUCCAACACAGCAGCUGCAGCUAAAAAUAGAAGAUGAUAAGAGCGAGGGUUUCUCGGUCAGAAAAACAGAUCCUGAGGAACCGGCAGAAUCACACGGCAGCAAUGCACUCCCUGCGGUUCCUAAGUGCUGAAGUUCUGGUAUCCAAGGCACAGCUGGUAAGACAGAACUUGAGCCAUCUUGCGCACAACCUCUUCCCUCUUCUUUUUAAGGCAAGCUACUUACAGGAGCAGGUGGAGGUGAUUCAUGACCUGGUAAAGAACUGGCCACUGCCAGAAUUCAGUGUCGGAAAGCUGCUGGGGAAGACAGCUGAUCACCCCGAAGACAUCAGUAACCGAGCUUGUUCUCUGUGCCUGGCCAGCUGCUUAGCUGGUUUGAAGGACUAUGUCCUGAAUUGCUCAUCGCCCUAUGCGAAACGACUCAAAAUGGUGGACUUAACGGGCAUAAAGGACGUUGAAGUUCAGCUCUGCCCCUGUAGAAAAACCAUGGGACGGUGGGCCCGGACAGAGCUGCUCUCAAGGACCUGCUAUGACCUGCUGGUUGACAUGCAAGACUUGCCAUUCCGGCCAGACGUGUUUGAGGUCUCUAUCGAUGUCUUUGCCGACAUCUUUGUUACUGAGCGAAGCUAUGAGGUGGUUGUCCAGGCCCUGCUAAUGAGGUGCCACUGCCCACUCAAAAUCCGCUGCAAAGCCUUCCGAGUAGACAAUCUGGCUCUAAGGAAGCUCUUCUACAUCAUAAAGCUCACAGAGCCCUCUUCGCUGGGCAAGUUUGAAGUAGUCCACAAUGUUAAGCUCCAAAUGGAACAUCUGCAAGUGCUUUUUAAUAACGUUUACUUUCCUAAACUAGCAUCGCUCACACUGCCGGCUGGGACCUUUGAUGUGAGAAAGUUCACACCAGAGGACGAAGCCACGCUUUCAAGAAUUGGGGAAAAGCUGAGCCAGAUGAGUCAGCUGACGGAGCUGAGCCUGGCAUUUUCCACCCUCACGGGACGGAUCCGUAAACUACUCAGUCCUCUGAAGUCUCCACUGAAAAUGCUGGAUGUUUCUAACUGUUCACUGAACCAUCUUGACAUGGCUUAUUUAGCCAACAGCCUGCAUUCUGAGAGCCUUGAAGCUCUUGAUAUCAGUGGACAUGAUGUGGCUGAUUUAUAUCCAUCAACCUUCUUCAAACUUCUGAACCAUUCAUCUCACACACUGAAAAGCCUCACUCUUGAGGAAUGCAACAUUCAGGACAUUCAUAUCAACCUGCUGAUUUUGGGGUUGGUUCCCUGUCGGAAAUUACAGGAGCUGAAGUUCCUUGGAAAUCCUCUAUCUUCUCGAGCCUUGAAAUGCCUUUUUAAUAUUUUCAUUGAUUUUCCAAGGCUGAAAUACAUUGAAUUUCCAGUUCCAAGAGAUUGUUAUGCAAAUAACAUCAGUUACCCAGUUAGCGAAAAUGAUCUUUCAAAAUUUGAUCACCAGAAAUAUGAGAGAAUAGCCGAAGAACUUAACAUGAUUUUACUGCAAGCAAAGCGGGAAGACAUCAAGGCUUCUACUCCCCUCUAUGGAGGGUACGAUGCUGCAAUUCAGGAAACAGGAAAUGAACUGGGAAUUUCUUUGUUGAAGUCAUUCCAAGAUGCCCUACAAAGUUUCAGCAUGACACUUAAGGAAAAGAGCUGAAGUCCGAAGCUGAAGAAGCAUAUACAAAUAAUGUGAGAUCAUAUGGAGUGCUGAAAAGAGGUUGCAGCACCAUAAAAUUGAUGUCAUGGUCACCUGCAGAUCUCCCAUAGCUGCUCUAUAAACAUCCCCCUUUAUACUGGUUUGAGCUUCCAUCAUCUUCAUUUCUUGAGAAAAUCCACACAUACCCCAUUAAAAAUAAGAUAAAUCACAAAUGUAUAAAGAAGUAUGCAUGGAUAUAGUGAUGCCCACCUGUCCCCUGUUGCACAGUCCAAUGUUAGGCAACACAUUUAGGAAAUUCCAGAACAAGCCCUAAUGCAGUAAAUGCAAAGCUGUAACCCACCUUGCACCCUUCCUCCUUCAUUUGUAUAGAUCUUUUGGCAAGAAAUUGAAGCCCUUAUUUGCAAAUAAAAUAUCUGGCAUGGAUGCUGAAUAGAUGGUUGCUUUAGAAUUCUUCACUACAUGGUACUUUUUAUUUGAAGAUAAUGAACCAAGCCGAGAUUCCACAAUGUCUACGCGCUCAAGGUGAGGUUUUCCUGUCAGCCUCUCUUCUUUUUAUUUGUGGAAUGGAUAUUUCAUCCUAGACAGGCCAAUCUACCCAGUUUGUUUGAGACAACAUGAUUAAAUUAAAUGAUUUCUCUGCAUAUGUGAGUUAGAGAAAUGACUGUAGCUCUCUAAUUUUCAAUGUUUCUCGUGGUAUAUCAGAUAUUAAGUACAGCAUAUGGCUGAGUAUACACAAGAAAUAUAGAAUAUAUGUAUUUUUGCCUGAUUUUGACUGAGUGUUUGUAUAUUUGAUUAUAAUUGGUAAGAAAUUAACAAGUAUAACGAAAUGAGUUUUCCUCUUAGAAUUCUUAUUUUUCUGUUUAGCUUCUCAUUCCCUGGCACUUUAUCUGCCAGAUUCACAUCUGGACCAAAGAGGAAAAUACAAUCCAUGGCUUUCCCUCAUCCUCUGGGGAAGAUCUUAUCGCUGAACUGUGAGAACGUGUGGGGUUUGAGAAAAGGAAAAAGAUGUACUCCCAUUCUCCCACCCUCUUUGCGGGGGAGGAAUGGAAACUGACCCCAUCAAGGGAAGGAGGAACAGAGAGACCCUUGGAAAACACACAACUGCUUGACCUCUGCUAGCUAUCCUCCUUCUGCCC